AUGAUUUUCUACCUACUUCUCCUCUUAAUUUCCUACUUUUUAUUCCAAAAAUACUACUGGAGCCGACGAAACCUGCCUUCAGGGCCUUUUCCAUUGCCAAUUGUCGGAAAUAUUUUCGAUUUACUGCGGGAAAAUCGCUGGGAGCGCAAGUUCUCCAAGUGGCGCUCGACCUACGGCUCGGUCUACACGUACUACUUGGGGGAUUUGCCAGUGGUGGCGGUGUGCGACUACGAUGAUAUGGUCAAGUAUUUUGUGAAGAAAGGCGACCUUUUCGCCGACCGCUACAUUGCCGACUUUUCGAUGAAUUUGCUCCGCGGCGGCGAAUACGGAGUAAUUUCGACGAAUGGUGAGGUCUGGAGGGAGCAACGGAGAUUUGCGUUGAAAGUGCUGCGGGAUUUUGGACUGGGGAAAAACCAGAUGGAAGAGAGGGUAGGAAAAAAGUUUUUUUUUUAUGAUUUUGAGAUUUUUAGAUCCUCGCUGAACUCCAUUACACGUUGAAUGUGAUCAACAGGAAGAUUGAGGAAGGCAAAGAGGAGAUUGAUCUAAUCCCGGUGACCGACAUGGCUGUGGGCUCGAUUAUCAACGCCAUUAUGAGUGGGUAUCGGUUUACGGAGGUAGGCGACAAACUUAAAAUAAAAAUAAAAUGGUCAAAAUAAGGGCAAGGCCAACCUUCUAUCAGCCUGUCGGGAAAAUAUUAUAAUAAGCCUUCUCUCGCAUCGAAAACCGCAUUGCUGCCGGGAAAUUGAAUUGUGUUGCGACAAAAUAUAGAAUUUCUUUUCACUUGAGCGACCUGUUAUAAGGUUCACUCUACAGUCAGGGGUCUGAUCCAGUGGGGAAAAAAGUAUCAUUUUGCAUCCGGGAAGCACCAAAAAUGUGGCAAAAUCCCUCCCUCUCCAACUAAAAAAACUCCACUUUGAACUGCGCGCCCUGGAUAGAGUUUUGACUGUAUAUUUAGAGGCUUGAUCCAGUGGAAAAAACGUAGCAUUUUGCAUCCGGGAAGCGUCAAAAAAUGUGGCAAAAUGCCUCCCUCUCCAAGUGAAAAAGCUUCGUUUUGAAGGGCUCCCUCGCAAAAAGAGUGGGCGCGCUUUGAAAUCGGAGUUUUUUCACUUGGAAAGGGAGGCAUUUUGCCACAUUUUUGAUACUUCCCGGAUGCAAAAUGAAACGUUUUUGGCCAAUGGAUCAGGUCCCCCACUGUAGUGCUUUUUUUUGAGGUUACUAUGAAAAAAGUUUGAAAUUACCUUGGUCCCCCCUUACCAUUUUUCGCUCGACCCCGGCCUGGGAGGAUGGAGUUCGAUACUAGGCGGGCCAAAAAGUCUUGACAUGUUUUCGCACCGUGCGGGCGCAUGAAUUCGGUGUCGCGACGAGGUGUCGCGCGAUAAAACCUUUGGCGGGGUGCGAAUGAAGAACGCACUGUGCGUUGUUUACCCUUUUUCAAAACAAUCUUUUUGCACUGUGCGGUGUCGCAUUGCACCGUAAAUUUUCCUUGUCGCCGCGCGACAAAUUUCAUGCACGACGGCGCACUGUGCAGACAUGUAAAGACUUUUUGGCCCGCCUAGUAAAGUCUCAAGACUUUGUGGCACGAGUAGUCUCAGUCUGUCGGAAAAAUAUUGAGCAAAAUGUCGCUCGCGUCGCUAAAGUGAAAGGAAAUUUGAUUUUUCCGUGGCAAUUACUUCCUCUUCGGCGAUGCGAUUUUCGCUCCGACAGAGUGUUCAUUAUUUUCCCGACAAUAUGAUAUUACGUUUUCCAGGGGCAUGAAGAAGAAUUCUACACAAUAAAGAAGCUGACCACCGAAAUCAUGAACUGUUUUAUGAGCGCUGGCGCCAAUUUGGUCUUCAACAAUCCCUGGCUUUAUACCGUGCCAGUUGUUAAUCGCCGCGCCAGGAGCGCCGUGCGCCUCAUGCACGAAAUCUUCGAGUAUUUGAAUUCGCAAAUUCAGCAUCAUUUGAAGGAGAAUGACUACUCUCACGACGCCGAAGCCACCGACUUCAUCGACGCGUUUCUGUUGGAGAAGGCGAGAAGAGAGCGGGACGGCGAAGAUGCCGGGAUUUACCAUGUCCAGCAGCUGCGGAAUGUCUGCUUUGACAUGUGGAUUGGAGGCCAGGAGACGACCAGUAGCACCAUUACUUGGAUCAUUGCAUUUAUGAUCAGAUACCCGGAGGCGCAGGCGAAAAUGCAAAGGGAAUUGGAUGCUGUGAUUGGAAGCAAAAGGAUCGUUCGGAAUGAGGACAGACCCGACUUGCCAUACACUAAUGCCGUUAUUAUGGUGAGGAUUUUAGAAUUAGAUAUUGGUUCGGGGGAAACUACUACAGUAGCGGACCCGAUUCAGUGGCAAAAAACGUAUCAUUUUGUCUCCGGGAAGAACGAAAAAUGUGGCAAAAUACCUCCCUCUCUAAAUAAAAAAAAUCCGAAGUCAAAAACGCGCCCAUUUUUUUUUGUGAGGGAGCCCUUCAAAAGGGAGCUUUUUCAGUUGAAGAGGGAGACAUUUUGCCACUUUUUUUGAUACUUCCCGGAUGCAAAAUGAUACAUUUUUUGCCACUGGAUCAGGUCCGUCACUGUAAUAUCAGCCUGUCGGGUAAAUAAUGAGCGCAAUGCCGCUAUGCCGACCGCGUCGCUGAAGUGAAAAGCAAUUUGAUUUUGCCGCGACACAGUUAAUUUUCUUGGCGGUGAUGCGAUUUUUGCUGCGACAGAGUGCUCAUUAUUUUCCCGACAGACUGAUAAAACAUUCAUGGAAUCAAAGAAAGCAAAUUGUAAACUUUACAAACUUUUGAGCGCGAGUAACUUCAUCCUUUCAGGAAUGCCAACGCUCUUGCAAUUUGUUCAGCCAGAAUGUCUUGCGAGUUGCUGCCGAGGACACUGAAAUUAAAGGGUAUGCAAUAAAGAAGGGGACAAUUGUUGUCCCACAGGUCUCUGUGCUCUUUCAGAACCCCAAAGUGAGUAAAAUACGAUGCCCUCUUUUAUUACAAUCUAAAAUGAUCUCAGAUCUUCCCCGAGCCCCACAAAUUCGAUCCCGACCGAUUUAUCGACCAGAAUGGGAAGCUGCGACAAGUGGAAGAGCUGAUUCCAUUCUCGCUGGGCAAGAGGAUCUGCUUGGGCGAGGGAAUGGCCCGAAUGGAGCUGUUCAUCUUCACCGCCAACCUCUUCAAUCAGUACAAGUUUGAGAGCGGAAAAGUCCCGCCAAGUUUGCAAAAACUUCAUGGCGCUUCUACAAUGACCGAGUCCUAUACAUGCGUUAUUUCUCGACGUUAA